UCACAUUGACGAUCUAUAAAACAAUUGAAAAGUCUGAAUUUUCUUUCAUUUGUGUAGCUAGGCAAAAAGGUGAUAAGAUCGGAAAUUUGACUAAAUGAUGGUUGUCCGCCCCGCCAUGUCAGCGGAGUUAAAACAAUCCGCACGCGCGACAGAUCGCGGGUAUAGUGAUGCGAUAUGUGACCGCGAGGUCAUGCAUGAGGAUGAUCGCGAAGAAGGCGAAAUAGUUGAUGAUUACGAGGUGAUAAUAUCCUCAGAGGAUGAAGAGUUCAACCUGCGAGCACGGAUCCAGCAAUUGGAGGAGAACAAAAAGGAUGUGGAGCGGAUGGAUAUGCUGGCCGCAAAUUUGGCAAAUCAAUAUAAUUAUCCGGAGGUCGAAGAGCGAACUGUGCGGCUUCCACGAAAAUCUCCGGUCUAUCUGCUUUCCGAUGUGUCCAGCCAUUCGGAUAACGAUUACGAUUCCCAGCGCAAUUACCACAGAUCGAGACUGAGACGCGUAGAUACUGGCAGGAGACUGCUAAAUGGCGACUACAAAAGGAGUACCUCUGCGCGGCGCUACAAGCCACAGCAUCUACGCAGUCGCCAGCUGACCCCAAGCUAUAAGAACUAUCAGCAUCAGAAGCCGACCCAUCAUCAACAUUAUCAGCAGCAGGAUGCCCUAUUGCUGAACUCCUUCGACAGCUUGACAGACGACGAGAUACGCGAGUACGAUGUGACCUCCGAGAAUGAGGGCGAAGACGUCCUGGACCUGGAGCGUCUGAAGCUCAGCAGGGACAAGCUGCGCGUGGCUUUGGCCAGAGAGGAGCGAAAUGAUAUGCUGGGACAGUACAAGAACAGCCUCAGAGAGCGACUGCAGUAUCCCCUGCGCAAGUCGCCCAAGGACUACCCUGCAAACAAGGAGCUGCUGUCGCCGCCAGUGCAGCAACUCCCCGAUGUUGUCUGUCUGGAAGAGGGGGCGGAGGCGAAUGCGCUACCGUCCGCUCCAUCUCCAGGCGGAGACCCCGCUGAGCUUAGUCUGCGUCUGAUAGCCCUCAAGUCUGCCAUAAUCAAGAAGCAUAUGGCGCGAAAGAAGCGUGAUGCGGAGCGAGCCUACUCACCCACCGACAUGAUUAAACGCGUCCUUCCCACAGUCAGUAACACGGAUGAAAUAGACGACUUAAUGGAGAUAAGUCCGGCUGCCUCGCCAGAACGCGAACCGAGUGCCUUCCGCUACCACACGGAGGAUGCUGUUGACACGAAACCGGUGGACAUGGACUUAGCCGAAACGGAUAGCGAUGAGCAGAAAGACCCCUGGAAUACGUGGGCGAACAACUGGAACUCAUUGGACAGAGCCGGCGGUAGCUGGCGCUGCUUUAUGCCCAAUAGCUCGCUGCCGCCCGUAUCCAUGCCAAUUGUGAUAGACGAGGACGAUGAUCUGUAUGAUGACGAGGAGCCGCCACCACCGCCGCCAUUCCACAUUCAUCCCAUCCAUCUUGACGAGGAUGCCAGGGAUACCAUGCAUCUGGUCGAUGAGCAAAAUUCCAAUCACAGCUCCCUAACGUAUACUCAAUCUGUUUCUAUGGAAAACACAGAGACGCAAACGAGGAGUUUGGACAAAUCGCAUCCGGAAACGAGCGACGAUGAAGCUGGAGUCUUGCGCGCCAUGCUCCUGUCUAAUCUGAAGACCGCCAAGGAGGCCGAACCUACGCGUCAAUCGCUUCUACCGACGCCAGUCCUGUCUUUUCCUCCAGCAUUAUUACCUCCAUUGCCUGUACCUAAGCCGACUCUGGCAGAGUCUACAUUAAAAUCGGAUUCGAUUGGUUCCAACGAUUCCGAUGAUCCAGAACAACUGCGCUCGCUGCUUCUGUCCAGCAUUGCCACCAAAAAGGGCAGUUGUUUCCCCACAAUCAAGUCCCGUCUCAGCCCAGAGAUACUCAAGAAUGCGGUGCGCCGCUUCCAGUCCUGUGCUUUUGUGGCGCCCAGUAAAGAAGACAAACAGUCCCAGGAUGAUAAUCAGCCCAUUGAACAGCUUCAGGAUGAUAGUCAGCCAAUUGAAAGAGCGGAGAAAAUCGAGCAGGAAGUGCCCUCGCAGCACCUCGUUGAGGCUGCUUCUAAGUCACAAGAUUCCAACCAAUCCUCCAUAGAAACCGAACAACAUCCUCAGCCUGAAUCUAGCCAUGGAUCUAGCAAAGAUAUGAUGAUUCAGAAGUCACCCUGCGCUAAAAUUAUCAAAAUUGUUAAACCCAACAAGGUGAUCAAUAAGAAGAGCACAACCAAACGCAAAAUUCCCACCGAGGAGCAAUUCUCCGCAAAGAUGAGCUGUAAGCGACCCUCGACACUGUUGGUCAAGGAGCCCCUUAACCCGUUGAAGGUCCAUGCCAGCUCCCCUGUCACGCGACUGGUCACCAAUAUCGAUCCGGCUAGCAUCAAGGUGAGCAAGCUGAUCAUCAGCCUGGCCGAUGACUCAGCGGGGAGCGAUGAUAACCUGGAGCUGAGUUCGUGCUUUGGCUACUCCAAUUACACUGAAAAUGCCAGUCCGCUCAGCCUGGCCAUGGGCAGUCCCAGUGGCUCUACAACGAGAUCGAAUACUCCCAACUCGGAGAUACUAGAAUCAACUCCAGCAUCCACCUCCAAUCCCAACCUUAGGCGAUCAGUCAUGAGUGAAUACUUUGAGAAGAAGAUCGAUGAUUAUUUGAAGCAGGCGCGUUUCAAGGUCCCUACACCAGGCACAAAUGGCACCAAAGAGGCUAAGACAGACAAUACGUCUGAAACGGAGAGGUUGCUAAAAAAUCCGGAAAAAGUUGCCACUACAAAGACGCAACAGACAAAGAAAACUCCUCUGGCAGUGCGACAUUUACCUGUGGCUUCGCAGAAGGAGUAUCUCCGCCUGAUCGAACGCAUGCAGUUGCUAGAGCAGAAGAAGCUGAAGACAGCCAAGAAAGCAGAGGCUGCAGGCAAGGCAACAACAGCCGCAUUGGAAGCUCCAACAACGAACGGCCCCAGCCAAGUAGUUCAAAAGGCAGCCAUCCACAGCAGCAGCAGUAAAGCAGCAGGGGCAGGGACAGGGUCAGGAAAUGAAACCCAGGUCAAACCCAUCGGGAAGCCAAUUGAACCGCCCAGGCAGUCCCGGCUGAAGUCCUUCGAAAACUCAUUUGCCAGAAUGGGGGGAAGCAUGAUAGCAAAUUUGGAAAAGUCUAUGCAACUGGUCGAGGAGGCUAAGAAGUCGAAGGCGGUGCGCAUGCGAGGCUCGCAUCGGCUGAAAGAGCUCUACAGCGAGAUGCAGGCCGUAAGGCAGGUCGUCGAGCAGGUGGAGCUGAAGCUGGCCCGCAUUCAGCCGGAGAUUCAGACCACCCACCAGAUCAUCUUAUCACUCAAACAAAAACGCAACAAGCUCUACGCAGCGGCCAUGGACCUGGGCAAAGGAUUAAGGGGCGACGACUACAGGUUGCUCGACGAGGGAAAGGCGGAAAUCAGCCACAAAUCAACGCAGCUCUCCAAGCAGAUCCGCCUCUACAACUCAAUAGUAAAAUACGACGAUCUUAAGAAGUUGACGGAGGAGCAGCAACCUCUGCCGCUGCCACCAGCUGAAAACGAGAGCCAGCCGCCACUGACUGCGAUGGAGCCCCAGUCGGCAAGGGAGGAUGAGACGAGUCGAACUGCCUCUGAGGCAGCGAGGGAAUCGGAGGCGAAUGGAAUAUCGAGUGAUACUGCGAUAGUUGCACGCUCAGAGCCACCACCGCCAGAGAAAGCCACCGAGUCCGAGGCCCAACUGAUGCCAGAUAAUCAACCCCUGGACGAGCCAGACCCAGAGCCGGAACCAGAACCGGUAUCUAAACUUCGGCCAGGACCCUACACAGUGGGCACUAUGAGGGAGCUGCGCGAGGAGGAUGCAGCGUCGGUGAGGGACACGUAUCUUCCGGCGUACCGAUCGAUCAUGCCGCGAAAUUACAGUAGCCCCUGCGAUGUCCGUGCUACCAUCUGUCCCUUCGAGCUGAUGGGACGCUGCGAGGAUGCGGACUGUUCCUACCUGCAUUUGGGCCGUCUGGAGGCGAAAACCCGAGCCUCAGACCCAGUCCCAGCCCCAGCUCUGGGACCGUUAGCUGCCAAAAACCAAACUCUUUCAAACUAACCUAAAACAAAAAGGAAAAAAAAAACACACAAACGUGAAACAAAAAUAACAUUCUUAAAUAGCGUGCAUGAAUUCUGGUAAGUUGAACUCUUCACGCGACUAAUAUUUAAAUGUUGUUUUCAGUCAACGUUAAAAAAAAAA